AUGGAACAACCUCCUGGGUUCGUUGAUCCUCGAUACCCAAAUCAUGUUUGUCGACUUCGGAACGCUCUUUAUGGUCUCAAACAGGACCCUCUUGCUUGGUUUCAACGAUUCAGCUCAUUUUUGCUCAGUGUUGGAUUUCUCGGGAGCAAGGCAGAUCCAUCUUUAUUUGUCUUCCACAACACUGGAGCCACUCUACAUAUACUUGUUUAUGUUGAUGACAUAAUUUUGACAGGGAAUAAUUCUUCUUUGAUUCAAAAAAUAUUGGCAAGGUUCAAAACUGAGUUUGCUAUCAAGGAUUUAGGUCGUUUAAAUUACUUUCUUGGUCUCGAGGUUCACUACACUACCAAUAGUGUCUUUCUAAGUCAAACCCAAUAUGCUCAAGACAUCUUAUCCAGAGCCCAGAUGUUGGAUGCAAAACCGAUAGCCACACUGCUACCAUAUGAUAUUCAGCUGACAACCACAGGAGAUCCUUUCUCUGAUCCCACUCAGUAUCGCUCUUUCGUUGGUGCACUCCAGUAUCUCACUAUAACUCGUCCUGACUUGUCCUACACGGUAAAUUUGGUCAGUCAGUUUCUUCAAGCUCCAAUAAAUGAUCCCUUUCAAGCAGUUAAACGCAUCCUUCGAUAUGUUAAGGGCACCAUGUCCUAUGGCCUAUCCUUCACCCGUGGAGCUUCCUUUAAUGUUCUUGGAUACUCGGAUACAGAUUGGGCUCGCUGUAUUGAGACUAGACGAUCAACCUAUGGCUAUUCUAUCUUCUUAGGUGGAAAUCUCGUCUCAUGGAGUGCUAAGAAACAACCAACCGUAGCUCGAUCAAGUUGUGAAUCAGAAUAUAGAGCCAUGGCUAACGUAGCAGUUGAACUAAUAUGGCUUACUCAUCUUCUAUAUGAUCUGCAUAUUUCCUAUCAAGCGCCAACUCUUCUUUGCAACAACAAGAGUGCAAUAUUCCUCUCCCAAAAUCCAGUGGCUCACAAACGAGCUAAACAUAUUGAUAUUGAUUACCACUUUGUUCGAGAGCUUGUUCUAUCUAACAAACUGGUCACUCAAUUCAUUCCUUCCAAUCUUCAACUAGCAGACAUAUUCACUAAAAGUCUGCCUCGACCAUUGUUCCAGUUCUUCAGAGCCAAGCUUCACGUUGGACCGAAUCCCACGCUUUGCUUGAGGGGGGAUGAUAGGAAAUAA